AUGGGUAUUUCUGAUUUUUUAGCCGUCAUCAGCCAGUCAUGCAAAAAACCUGAGCUCGUCGACAGAACUGACCGAAUUCAGGUUGCCGGUUACGCACUUACUCAGAAUAAACCUCCUCAUCCUUUUACCCCCGAGACGGUCAACCUGAGUUGCGAAGACAGCGGCGCAAGAGCAGGCCAAGUCCAUGUUAACCUAACUGACCGACUGCGGAUCCUACGCAUCAAAUGGAAAUUCUUUCCCAGUCUCCAGCCGCGACCACGAACUCCUGCCCGAGACUCGCUCACCUCUGCCGCCGAAGGGAUCGCCACCAGGGCACCCCCAAACUUGCCGGAUCCUGAUCUUCGGAACCGAGCUACUACCACUCCCCCUCCUCUGCCCUCCUUGCCACCCAUCACACUUCCACCUGGCUACGGUGUACGCAUUCAAAUCACCUCACGACUGCACUUUGGCGGAAACUUUUCUCUGGCUCGAACAUGCACCCAUAAGGGAAUUUUGGCUUACUGUGAGGGCUAUCGACAGGACACGCAAAUAAAUUUGCCAGUCCGUCGCAUAAAAACGGCUGAACGUGUAAAAUUAAUUAUAACGGAGGGUUUGGCGGAGUUCCUUACCUAA